CAAUAAUGUUGACCUUUUAAGUUGUGUAAGUCCGCUGAACAGCAUUCGCAAAAUGGUGCAAUUCAGAAACGGUAUCGAUCAAGUGUUGCACAUCUGAAAUCCGUAUGUUUCUCUCAACUAAAAAAAAUAUUAGCCCUAAACACUGUAUCCAAUACAUUUGAUUGAUGCCCUGCGUAUCGUAAUGUAUAAAUAUGCGUAAAAGCGCUCAUUGAUGCGUUUGCGUCAUUUUGGAUAUGCAAUAGGAGGGAAACUUCAAGUGACUUGCGGCGUUAAUAUGACUAGAAGAAAAAGCAGGAAAAUCAAAACAUCGACAGAAAACGAGCCACCAUCGUCUAAGCGCCGUUGUGCUGCAGGUGAAGGGACAGAACCGCGCUAGCGUUAACUUCGGGCUGUGGAUGCGCCGCCUACUUAGACUACCAUUACGCAUUGAUUAGUUCCCCCCACGGCGCAGCGACGGAGGAAUUUCUGACUGCGGAUAGGACCACUCCUCCCUCUGCAUAUCAUUUUCUCUCCCCUCUCCACGGUCGAGGCUCGGUGAUGAGAAGGGGGGGGGGGGUGGUCUUGCAGUCGACGAGAGGAACAGGAGUUUAUUGAGGAGUAGCUGCAACGGAGGGGGAAAAAACGCAUGCCACUGAGCACGGUCGCCUCGCGGAUGGUGAGAGGGGCUCGCGCUCGGACGAAUGACCGCUCGAGCGGCCGAGAAACUGCCGCGUGAAUUGUUUAACUUGUUGAUGCGACGUUUCUGCACUGUUUUCCCGUCACCUCCCGGCCGCAGUGGUUGAUAAAUGGGCGGCAGAAUCGCAAGUGGUCACCUCCGCGGACGGGCACGUUAAACUCGCCGCGGGUGCAGUUUGAAGAGCAGCGUUUCCUAAGAUGCAAUUCGUCUCUGAGCCAUAGCACUGUGAUAACCGGAGCAGGGUCGUUUUAAUCGUUAUAGGUCAGCAUGGCAGCAGGUGUAGCGGCGUGGCUCCCCUUCGCUCGAGCGGCGGCCAUAGGAUGGAUGCCCGUGGCGAGCACCCCGAUGCCCGUGCCCCCGCAAGACAAGCGGAAAGCGCAGGACGGACUCAUCAUCCUCAACGUGAGCGGCACCAAGUUUCAGACGUGGCGGACCACUUUGGAGCGGUACCCGGACACUUUGCUGGGGAGCACGGAGCGAGACUUCUUCUUCCACGAGGAGACAAACGAGUACUUUUUCGACCGCGACCCCGACAUCUUUAGGCAUAUUCUCAAUUUCUACCGCACGGGCAAACUGCACUAUCCGCGCCAAGAAUGCAUAUCGGCGUACGACGAGGAGCUCGCGUUCUUCGGCAUAAUCCCCGAGAUCAUCGGGGACUGCUGUUACGAGGAAUACAAAGACCGGAGGCGCGAAAAUGCGGAGAGGCUUCAAGACGACGAGGAGAUGGACAUGAGCAAUGACGUCACGCCGGUGAACCUGACGUUCCGGGAGUACCUGUGGCGGGCUUUUGAAAAUCCUCACACCAGCACAUUAGCGCUGGUCUUUUACUACGUCACCGGCUUCUUCAUUGCCAUAUCGGUGAUGGCCAAUGUGGUGGAGACGGUUCCGUGCGGGACUUUACCCAACAGGUCGAAGGAGGUUUCCUGUGGAGACCGUUACGCGCUGGCCUUCUUUUGUUUAGACACUGCGUGCGUCAUGAUAUUUACAGUCGAGUAUCUCCUGCGUUUGAUCGCGGCGCCGAGCCGAUAUAAGUUCAUGAAAAGCGUGAUGAGCGUCAUCGACGUGGUCGCGAUCAUGCCGUACUACAUCGGGCUGGUCAUGACCGACAAUGACCAGGUGAGCGGCGCGUUCGUCACGCUCAGAGUCUUCCGGGUCUUUCGGAUUUUCAAAUUCUCCCGGCAUUCCGCGGGACUGCGCAUCCUGGGCUACACCUUGAAGAGCUGCGCCUCCGAGCUGGGCUUCCUGUUGUUCUCCCUCACCAUGGCCAUCAUCAUCUUCGCCACGGUCAUGUUUUACGCCGAGAAAGGCUCCACGGCCAGCAAGUUCACCAGCAUCCCCGCAGCGUUUUGGUACACCAUUGUCACCAUGACAACACUGGGGUACGGAGACAUGGUGCCAAAGACCAUCGUGGGGAAGGUGUUCGGGUCCAUAUGCUCUCUGAGUGGGGUGCUGGUCAUCGCCUUGCCCGUCCCUGUUAUAGUGUCAAACUUCAGCCGCAUCUACCACCAAAGCCAGCGGGCGGAGAAGCGCCGAGCCCAGAGGAAAACUCGGCUUGCUAGAAUCCGCGCCGCGAAGAUUCGGGGCACUAAUGCCUAUAUGCGCUACAAACAAAACGGGCUCCUGAUCGACUCGCUGGAGGAGGCCUCCAAGGAGGCAGGACAAGCCCUGGUGGGAAAGGCUGCCAGCCCUCCGUUUGAGAGCCAGCACCAUCACCUGCUGCACUGCCUGGAGAAAACCACGAAUCACGAGUUUGUCGACGAGCAGACGUUCCAAGCCAACUGCAUGGAGAUCUCUGUGAUGAACAAGUCGGGCUCCCGAGCCUCUUCCCUGUCUUCAUCCCCGCACGGCCUCGGCUCGUGCUGCUCCAGGCGCCACAGGAAGAAGAGCAGCUUCAGCCUGCCAAGCACAAACAACCAGGAGCUCAGCACCAUACAGAUAAGAGAGAGGCCUGUUGCCAACAGGUACCGCUCCAGCCUGAAUGCCAAACUCGAUGAGACUGUGCCCUUGAAAUGUGACGACCCUUACAUCUCUCCCUCCAUGGUCACCCUGUCGGCCCCGGUGGUGACCUCAUCAGACGGGGACGGCUCCAGCACCACCGCAUACUCUCAGAGCAACAUUGUCCGAGUAUCUGCCUUGUAGAUGUCAUGCCUAUCAGCUCAGCUGGCUGGUCUCGAGAAGCGCCAGACGCUGAGGAGAGGGACCACCGAGCAUCAACCUGCCAUAAUCUAGACGGAAUAUAACAUUAGCGGAGGUCUGGGUUUUUCGAAGUAGUGAUCUCAUCUGAUGUCAAACUCUACAUAGUAUUAGAAUGAUGUGGAUGGCUGCCUUGGAAUAAACGUGACCAGCAGAUUUUACUCCUUUAAGCACAGCAGAGCAAGGAAGGUUUGGGAUUGCGUGGUUAUCGUUGUUGCCUAAAAUAUUGAGAAAAAACUUUAUUUUUGAAUAUGUAAUGUAGCUGUAUUUGACUUCUGAUUCAGAGGAGGGAAGGAAAAGCAGUUAUUCAAAGGUCAGUCUUGAUGGCCUCUGAUAACAAAGCACACAUAUUCAUUACCUGGGGGCCACCUUUGUGAAUAUUGAAUCAGCCUACUUACUCAUUAGAAACAUUUAUGUCACUCACCAUCCUGUUAAAUAGAUUGUUUUAAACCCCCAAUUAACUGAUUUCUAAUAGUCCCCUCACUGUUGUAAAUGCAGAAAACAUACAUCCACAGGAAUGAUUAACUGUUGUGAAUAUUCAUUAACUGACUCAUUAACUGGUUGGUGUCAUCGCUUGAUGAGUAAAAUAUAUCACACAUUCUGACAUGUUUGUGAAAUGUGAAAAGUGAAAGUCAAAAAGCCAAAAAACUGUGUUAGUUGACAUAUUUGACAUUCUGAUAUGGAUCUAUGUGAAAGCCACCGUCAUUAAUUAACGGUUGAUAUAAAAAAAUAUAUAAAGGGUGCAUAUUAGUUAGGUUCCAAGCUAGAAAUAUAAGUGAAUGUUCCACUUAACUAAUACUAACCCUGAUGUGGAGACAUGUUGACAGCAUUGACCUGGAGAACCCUAUGAAAAGGUUGAACAUCUCUCCCAUUGACUUCCUCUUAAAUUCUAAUAUCAAGCUACGAGACUUGGUAGAUUUCACUGUGUUAAAGGGCCAUUUUGUACAUUUUUCAUACUCAUAUUGUAAAUAUCUGGGUUAGAACCUUAUUGACUGCAUUCGAAGUUGGCUCUUAUUUCUAGAUUUAGUUGACGGUUGUUGGGGAAACAAUUUCUGUCUGUUAACUGGUUGAAUUAAGGAUUUGCAUGCUGUCACUGCAGACUUCUGUUUUAUUAAAGUAUGUCUCUGCUUCUUGUUGGAGGUUUGUCAGUAAAAACGAGAUGGAUUAAAAAAACGAGGCUCGUAUGUUA